AUGUCAGAAGAACCGCAGUCGCUUCGUACAGUAUGGCAGACAGCCGAGGACAAGCGUAGACAGAUCGAGAGCUCGUACGACUCCAAUUCGCCCGCCUACCAAGCGCUGGUCAGCGCCGCCAUCGCCAGCUACGAGCAGUGUCUGCGCAUCCAAGAUCAAAUCGCCCUCUUCAGUCCCAAUGAAUCUCUCGAAGACAUUGCCACAAAUGACCUACACCACCUUCUCGCACAGUACCGCCUUGCCGACUUGGUCCAGCGCUUGUCGUCUCAGGACCGCAAAGCCCUUCUGCGUCGCGCUCAAGACUCGUACGACAAGUUUCUACGCCAGCUCGACUUGUACGACAUUUUGUCCUCUUCCGACCUGAAACUACUCGAGGAAUACCGUGAGAACCCAUCCACAUUUUCCACUGCCUCGACCUCGGAUCCUGCCGCUCGCCGUGAGAGAAAGAUUCUACGUUUCAAGCAAGAGAAGGACCUCAAGCAAAAAUUACAACAUCUGCAACAAAACCCCGCUGCUCUGCAGAAUGACGACGACAUGUACCGCCGCUUGCAGGCUCCACCACCCCAGCCACCAGGCCAGCAGUCUGCGCCUUCCGAUGUCAGAGAGCGUCACAAAUCCAACGAUGGCUACUCGGAGAGGCUCGACGGUCCCAUGUCUGCUGGUCUCUCAGGUCCUAUGCUCAGCAAAGAUGGCAAACCGCUUCGCCCAUUCACUCUUCUCAACACUCGCCAAACAAUGCAGGCUGGCGUCUUUCGCCCUGACCAUAGUUUACCUACCAUGACUAUUGACGAGUACCUCGAGGAGGAGAAACGUCGUGGUGGUAUGAUUGAAGGUGGCGGCGCCCAGUCUAAUAUCCAGCCAGAGGUAGACGAGGACGACUUGGACAAGGCAGAUGAAGAGACCAUGAAGGCCAGAGCUUGGGACGAGUACGUUGAGAAUAAUCCCAAGGGUGCUGGUAAUACCUUGAACAGAGGUUGA